CAGUCCACAUUCCUUUAAACUGAGGCUGCCAGAGGGGCGUGCACGUUGAGAGUCGGUCUUUUCACACCAGCAGGGACACUGUUCACCCACCGAGAGAUUCACCAUGGCCUCAGCACUAAAUUGCACACCCUUUAUGUUGUGUUUUAUUUAUUUUUCGUUACUGUUUGCCAGUGUGUUUUGCGACGAUGAUGCAGAAGAAGAUGAGCAUGCCAAGCACACGUACACGGUGGAGAUGUUCAACGAGGCGGUGCCCACUGCACCCCACUUUGUCAUGUUUUACGCCCCAUGGUGCGGCCAUUGCCAGAGGUUACAGCCGACAUGGAAUGAACUGGCAGACAAAUACAACAGCAUGGACGAGCCCCCGGUGUAUGUGGUAAAAGUAGACUGCGUCCCGGACACCAAGUUCUGCUCCAAUGUCCACGGGGUUAGGGGCUACCCCACGCUGAAGUUGUUUAGGCCAGACCAGGAGGCAAUUAAGUACCAGGGGCCCAGAGAUCUACAGUCGCUGGAGACCUGGAUGCUGAAGACACUCCAGGAGGAGCCUUCGGAACCAGAGAGUGAACAGGAGCCUCCUAAAGCCCCAGAGCCCAAACAGGGCAUGUAUGAGCUCACUGCUGUCAACUUUAAGGCCCAUAUAGCCAAAGGUGCCCAUUUUGUCAAGUUCUUUGCCCCAUGGUGCGGUCACUGCAAAGCCAUGGCCCCAACCUGGGAGCAGCUGGCCACCAGCUUUGAGCACUCUGAUGACGUCAAGAUAGGAAAGGUGGACUGUACACAGCACUAUGAGGUGUGCUCUGAGAACGGCGUACGGGGAUAUCCCACACUGUUCUUCUUCUACAACGGACAGAAGACAGAACAGUACAAAGGAAAAAGAGACCUGGACUCUUUCAAAGACUUUGUGGACAACCAGCUGAAGGCUGCCAUCGCUGAGGAGCAAGAGCAGGAACCAAGCGAGGAACAAAAAGGAAACGAGAUCCCCGCUGCUGAGCCAGCCGAAGAGGAGGUAAAGUCCAGCGUGUUGUCCCUGACAGAGGACAACUUUGACGAGACUGUGGCCAAGGGCCUCACCUUCAUCAAAUUCUACGCUCCAUGGUGUGGCCACUGUAAGAACCUCGCUCCAACAUGGGAGGAUCUUUCCAAGAAAGAGUUUUCUGGCCUCACUGACGUCAAGAUAGCCAAAGUGGACUGCACUAUUGAGCGCACACUCUGCAACAAGUACUCUGUUCGAGGUUACCCCACCUUGAUCAUCUUCAGGGCGGGGGAGCAGGGUGAUGAGCAUCACGGCGGGCGCGACCUGGAGAGCCUGCACAGCUUUGUGAUGAGGCAGGCAAGAGACGAGCUGUAGAAACAGUCAGGUCAGCGCUCAGUUCUCCACCACUCUGCUCGCCCACACUGCAUAACUGGCCAGUAGGACACCACUCUCUCUCCUACAGUAGCCAAACCUCUCUCUAUCUCUCUCUCUCUCUCUCCACUCGGGUUCUCUUCAGAAAGGAGUCAGCCAAUGACAAACUGGUGCAGUCUGUUCUUUCUCCAGUGUUCAAGGACAUAAUGAUUCAGUAGAGUGUUUUGAGAUGUGAAUGUAUUUCUCAUUGCUGUUGCCCAACCUUAAAUCUCCUAAUAUGGAAAAUACCAUCCUAUUGGUUGGAUCUACAAUUGAAGUAAUAUGUCUGACAACCACUUUGCAAGCACUGCUCAAUCAAUCAGAACCGGGAUUCCUCAAUUGUUGUUUAUUAAAAGGGUAGCACUUAAGGACAGAUGUCCCAGUUUCUGCCUGUUAAAAAAAUCUAUUGUUUCUGAUGAACUUCUGUAGCCAUUUGACUUUUUUAAAUGCUAAAUUUUAUACAUGGGAUCUGUUGUUGAAUCAUAGCCAUUAAUGUUACAGUACUGUUGUUCAAAAGUUUGUGAAGGUCGUCACCCAAAUGUGAAGUUGAGUGUUAAGUCGAGGGUACUUUCUAUUCAUGCCAGUGAUGGCCUAUCUGACUUAACUCUCAGGGAAACGCCCACGCAGACUAGAUGAAGUUGUGUUGGAGGCAUCACUGUUAUCACAGGAGUCUGAUAAUGGCAUACGGACAUCUCAGUUGAGCAUCUUACCCAUUUUGUGACUCCUGUGAUGUCAAUUAACCAUCCCUCGCCACUCCUCCUAGCAUUCAGGGUCUCAAGCCUGGACCAUGUUGCCCCAUAUAUCCAUUACUGAACAUAUUUAGUUACUACUGCUUCUUUCAUAUUUUCACUUUAUUCAGAAACACCCAUCAGAUGCAGCUCAUUGAAUACAGCUUGGUGUGAAAUCUUUUUUAAAACAGGCUCUUUUUUAUCCUCAAAUGUAGUACAAAAAGUGUGAAUGUAAGUAUUUGUGCUAUAUUUCUCAGGCCAGGCCCAUGUUCAAAGGAUUUGGGAACCAGUAAGUAGAGCGGGAGCAUCACUUGGAGCCAGCGUUCAGGGUAAAACAUGCAGUGUUAGUUUAGGACCUUGUGAAUGAGAAGUUGAGCUCUACUUCUGGCACUGAACUGUCAUUCACAGCUCUUUGUGAUAGUGCUGUUCACCUGGUCAUCUUUUCCAGGAAAGAAUAUGCUUCAUUAGAGCUUUUACAAGCUUACCUUUGUGGUUGGACAUUUUUGUAAUAAUACUUGAGGUUGGAACUGAAACGAACAUUCACUGCCGCUCAGGGUCAGGUGGGCUAGCUAGCAUCAUGUCACCUUUCUGACUAUGAUUGUGAUAUUUUCUUACCUAAGCAAGACCCAGCUGCAUCUUGGGUCUAUAUAAUUUGCUUUUCCUGGUUCAAAAUAAUAUUUGUAGAUGUCAUAUACAGUGGAAAUCCAUGCUGUGAAGCCAACAUCUUUAGGCACCAAAAACUAUGGACUGAAUAGAUGGGUAUAGUCUAAGCUACAUGGGAAGUGGGGUGAUCUGGUUGCGACGCACAGCUACACCAGCUGCUGGUUUCUACGUCUCACCAGCCAGUAAAAUGGUCUGGAAAAAGAAGCAUUAUUUUCCAAAUGCAACUAAAAUAAACAGGAAUUUGGCUGGUGAUUGGUUUUAAUUUCCCACUCUGACUAUAACCACUAGUGAGAUGAAUUAUUCAAAUUGAAAACUUCUUUAGUCCGCUGUAUACUAUAUCAUAACCAUCAACCCACAAAUCCAACAGUCAAAGGCCAAGAAAAUGCCAUCUGUCACAGACCUGGUUCUAAUAGCAUUUGCAGUUUUGCCAAUUGAAGUUUGUCUUUUCAACGCCCUUUCUUGUGACUAACUGUGACUUGACCCACCUGUUAGGCCAUGCCCAUUACACUGCAAGUGCUCUUUGACCCAGGUUAUGUGAAAAGUAUGUGCUGCAUGAUGCAGGGCUACAUUUAUUGUCUAACCCAGGUACACAAACAGUCAGAGACGGCAGGUUUUUUUGGUCAGUAAAAGUUUUUAUGGAUAGCACAUGGUCUAAGGAACUCCAGUGACAGAAGUAUUUUUUUCCUUGUGAGUCAUGGGUUGUGCACUACCCAUGAAUUUUGUACAAAAAGAGUGAAUAAUGGCAAGUUGUAACAUGAGGUUUCAUAAUAAAAAAAAUUCAAAAAUAA